AUGUUGAGGAUGGAUAGUCAUGGACAAUUCGAAAUUCAUUCCAGAAUCUCCUUGUUUGCAGGCCAUACUGUACGGCCACUACCUGUCGAGAGGUCUCAAGGGAGUGUCUCAGCCCUAGUAGCUCGAUUCCAAACAGCUGCCAAUCGUGAUAUCGAAGCGACAGCGCGUGAAAGUCGUAGAGCAAGCUUGCAACCUUCCGCAGGAAAUUCACGUCGUGCAUCAAGUUCAGGUCUUUUCACUCCUUCCCCAACGCCUUCCAACCCUACUACGCCUCUGAUCGGCUCAACUGAUCUACCUGAUACUUCCGCUCCAACUCUAAUUGGUGAAGGAGAGAAGGAUGGAUCAAGUCUGACCGAAGAUCCCAUUGUGGGGAAGGAGAAAAAUGGAAAUGAUAAUCAAGAGAAAGGACAAGGUCAGAAUACGGUCGAAAACGUAUUGUAUAAAGCUGGAAACACAUUGAAAAAAGUCGAAGACAAGUUCAAGAAUAUGACAAUCCAAGAUGACAGUGAAGAUAAACACACAAGUAAAGAUGUAGACCAAUCAAGUGGAAUAUUAGCUAAAACAAAACCGAAAUCAAUUGAUACUAAUAUCGAAAAUAAAAAAGAUAUUACCCCUAAUACGACGAUUCUAGGAGGAAGUCCAUCAAGACCGCCCAAAUCACCAAAGAGGAUGUCAAGUAAUACUGUCAUGUCAUCAUUAGCUGUUCCCGAUACAGAUCCAAUGCAAACAAAAGGAGAUGAUCACACCCUGGAGGAGGGUUUGACGGAUGAGGCACAACGCAAGAAAAUACAGGAUAAAGCCAAAGAUCUCACUCCUGCUAACACCAGCAACACGCCAGACAGAAAACCUCUAUCGUCAACAACCAAGAAACCUUUCCCUCCUUCCUCUUCAUCAGCAUCAGUGAGCACCAAGUCUCCUAUUGCAAUCAAAAGAGGAACAACAAGUGCAUCACCCGCUACCACUCCUGCUGCAACACGAUCACGAUUAUCUUCAGGACCCACUUCCUCAUCAUCGUCUCCUCACACUCGAGUGUCUUCUACCCCCAGAUCAAGGACUUCCCUAGGUCAAUCUUCCACUCCUACAAUCACACCUAGAUCAGUCAAUACCAAAUCAUCCACAUCUGCGUCUGCGUCUGUACAAACAAAGCCACGAACACCCAAACCGCUCAUCCCUUCUCAUACAGGUCCUCCUCCUACUUCUUCGACCAAAAGUCGAAUCUCAGAAGGUACCACCUCAGGCAUUGGUAGUCCCCUAAAGCCACAUGUAAUUGGAACACCAAGUAAACCAACUGCAUCAAGUUUAGCCAAAGCUAGAAUUCCUACCACACCAAGUCUACACUCACGGUUGAAUACGAGUCCAGGUGCAAGCACAGAGAAACGCAAUCCUAAUUCUGAAUCAUCUAUCAGGAAAUCAUCAAUCGGAACAAGGGGAACGAGUCUCAGUCCAAGUCCGAGUCCAGCGACAAGUACCAAUACGCGCAUACACACACAGACCCACACGCCAUCCAAAGUACAAAACAGUGGAAGUAGAUUGCUUCAAGGUACAGCUGCUUCAAGAGCUAAAGCAGCUGAUGUGUCCCAUCGCGACCCACCCGCACUGUCAUCAAAAGACACACCUUUGAAGAAGAUCUCGACACCUUUAGCCUCCAGAUCAUCCGCCCUCAAAGGUACUGCAAAUAUUACUACACCUUCUCCCGCAACAAAAACGACUUCGAGAAGUUUCGCUGGAGAAAGUUCAUCUAAACCCCCUUCUUCAACUUCUUCCAUUCGAACUCGAACGAAAUCAGCAACAAAAUCAACAUCAACAGAAGCACCUAAAAUUCCCAGUGUGGGUAAAAGUCAAAUUGGUAGAAUUGGUUUGGCAGCAGCUAGAGAAUCUCCAUCUUCACAAAAAGAACACGAAAGAAAAGAUGCACCUACUUCCGAUGUUAUUGGACAUACCAACGAGGAUACGGCUCGUGAGAAUGAUGGUGAUGUUGACGAUGAAGCGAAAGCAGAUCUUGAUCGAAUUGUCGACAAUGGAAAUAAAGCUGAAGGGGAAAAUGGCCAAAUAGAAGAUAUUGUCGAUAGACCGAAAACGCCUUCUCCGGAAAUACAAGGAGAACAAGAAGCUAAAGAUCACAUUGAACAAAUAGAAUCAGCUUCUCAAGUUGGACUCCCUACAACCGAGCAUCAGAGUGAUCUUGUGCGAAGUGAGGCUGCUCAGAUGGAUUCCACCAAAUUACGAUCGGGAUCUAACGAGAAUAGGGAUUCUGCUGUCAAACCUCAAGAUACUAUCAUUGCAAAUGAUGCGGAGAAUGGUGAAGAAGGUUUCGCAGGGGAAGAAAGCUUGGAAGAAAUACCUGAUAUCGAAUGA